AUGCGAUCGGCAGGUCUCUUUCUUCUCUUUGGCACCGUGAUGGCCAUUCCAGACUCUCAUUCGGGUCCCAAGGCAUUGAUUUAUCGUGGACCUGCAGCCUGCGACGGAUGUCCAGAAUCAGUUGCUGCACUCCUCCAGUCUUCUGCGUCUAAAUUCGCCAUCGAGUAUGCCGGGCCCAAUGAGAAAAUUGAUAUCAACGCAGAUUCUUUGAGUAAAGUUGAUCUCUUCGUUCAGCCAGGAGGCGGCGAUCUCGAGCCAGGCUGGAAGCAUACAAAAAAGUACAAAAAGGCCAUCCGCGAAUACGUCGCUCAGGGCGGGAGAUACGCCGGUUUUUGCCUUGGAGCGUACCUAGCUGGUCCCCAUCUUGGAUACGAUCUUCUCCCUCCAGGCUCAUCUAUCGCUGACGAGAUGGACCAGCCCGGUGCGCAGGUGAAGAAUACCACGGACACUGUCAUCCAGGUCGAUUGGAAUUUCCAGACAGGCACAAAGAAGGGUCAAAAGCAGGAUGGCCGGUGGUUAUAUUUCCAAGACGGGGCUGUUGUAAAACUGUCAGAAUCAGCAAAAGCGGACGCACUUGUUCUUGGUAGGUUCUCAAGUAACGGAGAUAUUGCUGCUUCUGUGACUUCUUUUGAGAAAGGAUGGGUUGGCCUCGUGGGCCCCCAUCCUGAGGCCGAUGAGAGUUGGUAUCAGUUGGUCAAUGUGACCAACCCGGACGGAGUCAACUUUGAUAUCGGCCAUGAUUUUGUAGAAAGCAUCAUGGCUCAGAGGAAAGACCACAUGGUCUCGGUGUGGGGCUCAAGAGCUCCAAAUAACCAGUCUCGCGCUGAGGAAGGCGACAGACGAAGUGACGAGCAAGAGGAUUCUUCUGUCGCGCGAGAAUCGCGAGAGGCCGAUGAGCAUACGCGUCUACUGCCACGAAGCAACGGUGAUGGCUACCUGAGUCCGGACGACCCAGCUGUAUCCCCAUACAACCUCUGGAACGUCCGCGCCCUACGCUUCUUCUCAACUCUCUUCCUCGCCAUCAGCUUCGUCUGGUGGGUGCUGCUGUUCGUCUCGAUCUUCGUCAGUCCGCCGGGGAUGCACAACCGUGGUUCGGGCUUUACCGACUUCUCAUACACCACGCUAACCGUGGGCAAUCUCAUCAUUGGCCUGCUCUUCUUCGCGCUACCGUCGCAGCCCAUGCUAAUCUGGAACGGCGUUCUCGCGGUCCUGCUCGUCUCGGACAUGAUCUUGGUUCUUGCGGUGCCGCGUCUCCGACUGGAAGAAGGAUGGGUCGGCAUCGCAUCCGUGGUCUGGGCGGCUUUCAUCGCGCUGUAUAACAUGGCCCAAGUUUAUUCUGUGGAGAAGGGCAAGGAGCAGGAAGAGGAACGGCUGACGGGCCGCGUGGAAACCAGACGCACGCUGCUACAGUGGCUUGCUGUGCUGGCCGAGACCGUGGUGCUCGGUAUCAUUGCCCUUGUGGCCAUCCUGCUCACGGCCACCCUGAUCCUGCGCGCCAGAGAUGCCAGCCUGCAAGCCCCCGGCCGGAAAUAUCUAGUCAACAAUGAGAAAUACGAGGUUCACUUGGCCUGCAUCGGCAACGAGACGACGACCACCAGCAUCAACGAAAAGAAGCCACCGACAAUCCUCGUCGAAGCCGGCGAGCGUCCCUCAGAACACAGUCUGCAGCCUUUUAUUCACAACGCCUACGCCAACGGAACCAUCCCUCGCUACUGCUACUGGGACCGGCCCGGCAUCGCCUGGUCCGACAACGCGCCCUCGCCACACUCCGCCGGCAUGUCCGCCGAUGUUCUCUCCGAAGUGCUCGCGCUAGCCGGCGAGGAGGGGCCCUGGAUCAUCGUCACGGCCGGCAUAGGCAGCAUCUACAGCCGCAUCUUUGCGAGCCGCCACAUGCACGACGUGACUGGGCUAUUGCUAAUCGACCCAACCCACGAGGACCGGCUGCACGGCGACAUUGGCAACCCCGGACACGGAUUCGCGCUCUGGGGUCGCGGAAUCAUCUCGCCGCUGGGUCUCGACCGUCUGGCCGGCGUGAUCUUCAAGGGCCGUACCCGCGAAGACCGCACGUACGGCCAAGUAGCGUACCAGGGCGGGCGCUUCAUCAAGGCCAAGCUACAGGAAAACCUAGUUGCGGCAAGCAUAACGGCUAGCGAAAUCGCGAGCGCGAAGAACAUCCAGACGCCCGAAACGCCUCUGGUUGUGGUUAGUUCUGGUGUGGAGGUUGGCCGCAGCGAGUCGUGGGCAAAGCAGCAGCAGAGUCUGACGGGGAUCACGGAUCAUCUGGUCUCGUGGGAUAUUGUCAAGGGCGCGCCUCAUGAGGUUUGGCAGACGUUUGAGGGACGGACGGUGUUGGAGAAGAGGCUCAAGAAGCUCGUCAAGCAGUAA